UCAGUCUCAGGCCAUCCACAACGGAGUGUCUGAGGUUAUGGAGGAGGAAAGCAACUUAAAGAAACGAAAAAGUGAACAACAAGGUAACCAGGGCUCUGAGACUGGUCAAGAGGGGGUGGAGAAGGUCAAAAAGCGGCGUGGUCGCCCUCCUGCAGAAAAGCUGCCGCCCAACCCUCCCAAACUCACCAAACAGAUGAACACCAUUGUAGACAUGGUCAUCAACUACAAGGACACGUUGGGCCGACAGAUCAGUAAAGGCUUUGUCCAGCUGCCUUCAAGAAAAGAGGUGCCGGAGUACUACGAGCUCAUCCGCAAGCCAGUGGACUUCAGGAGGAUCAGGGAGAGAGUGCGUAAUCACAAAUACAGGUGCAUUGCAGACCUGGAAAAGGAUAUCAUGCAGAUGUGUCACAACGCUCAGACAUUUAAUCUGGAGGGAUCUCAGAUCUUCGAGGACUCCAUUGUUUUGAAGUCUGUUUUCGAGAGUGCCAGACAACGAAUAGUGGAACUGAGUGAGGAAGACAAUGACGCUGUUGGAAGCAGUGAAGCUGAUGGUAGCCACCAUUUAGAUAUCAAGGCUCCUGUUUCAGAGACAACAAAUCCCAGGCUGGAUGAAAAAAAGGAGAAAAAUCAAACUGCUCCUAGUAAUUCUAGUUCAAAAGAGGUGGCGCACAGUGAUGAAGACAUUGGUAAAGAUUGUGGAAAUACCACAAGAGGACUAUUCAACUAG